CCGUCACUUCUCUUCUCACCACCGCUGUUACUACACGGGCGUAUUUGACAGCGGAACCAACGCAGAACAGCAGCAGCUAUGGCUAAAAGUGAUGGAUGCGAUUACUUUAAAAGAACCAGCCUGUUUUGGCUUAUUUCCGUGACACUCGGGAUGGGAUAUUUUACUUGCAUCGUGUUUGUGCCAGAAAAAAUCCCAUUUAAGCACCUUGGUCCAUUUGGCAGCUUCUGCAGAUAUCUCGUGGAUAACUAUGCUGGCAUUAUGUACAAAGGGUGGUGGGCUGCCUGGGCUGUCCAUGUUUAUGAGGCCUAUGUUGCGUUGAAGAAGUGCAGUGAGAAAGGCAUCACCAACACGGUCACUCGCUGCCAGUGGUUUGUUCAGACCUUCCUGUUUGGCUUCGCCUCCCUCGGCCUGCUCAUCAAGUACGAGCCCGAGCGUCCCAAACAGCACUAACUCCGGCAGGAGGAAGCCCACAGAACAACACGGCAUAAGCUGAAUCCAGAAAAUCAAUCUUUUCCUUUGUGCCUCUUCUUCUUCCACUGUUUAUCUCUUUGAUGUGAAAUUCUGCUGAGAGGCAAGUGGAGGAAGACACAUGAGCCUUUUCUAUCUCUUUUAACUUGAAAGUAGUGAAGUGAAGACAUAACUUUGAUAGAGACACUACAAUGUUCCUACUUAAUGCAUACUUCCUGUGUUCCUGUGAUGGACACACAUCUCCAUUUCAUUCCAUAGAUUUUCUAUUAAUAAACCAGAGAAGUUUCUAUUAAUAAUAAUAAUAAUAAUAAUAAUAAUAAUAAUAAUAAUAAUAAUAUUAACAGAUUAUUUCAGCCUCAGAGUUCUCUUGAUGAAUCUGCUCUGGGCUGAGUAUUUUAGUACAAUACAAGGGGAGUCUUUUAUGAAAUGAUUCAGUGCUCUCAUGAUGUUUACGUUGAGCCUGGGUGAUGGCAGUUGGAAUAUUUUCUCAGCUGCUGUAAUGAAGAUAGAACUGCAGAUGGUACGCUGCCAUCAGCCUCAGAAGUUCUCCAGGGUAAAAAUAAAGAGAGCUGUUGUAUGCAUUUUAUAUUGACAUUUGCCUUUAAUUGAAGUGCUUUGAGUUCAACUUUUUAAACGACUGACUGGAAGACCUUAAUGUUAACAUUGCACAAUAAAGAGUGACUUACAAACUGCA